AUGUAUAGAUUAUUGAGACAACCAAAAAGAGUACCAAACUAUAGACUCUUAUGCCGCUCUAUUUCGAGUGUGAAGUAUAUCAGACUUGCCAUAAAGCCAUUAGUACAACCCAGUUCAGCAGCACUGCAACAACUUCAAAGGAAUCGAAUGGUAUUUAUGAAUACAAAGAGACAUGCAACUACCAUGGCUUCCUAUAAGCAGACACCCUUCUUGAACUGGAAACUGUUUCCAGACUUUGAACACUUGUUAACACAGACAAAGCCUGAUAUUGCCGUCCCAGCUUUUCAAAAGUUGAUUGCAGCAGCUAAGGAGCAGUUUAUCGAAUUAGAAAAGAACUUUGAACCUACUUGGGAAGGCACUAUUGGCAAACGCAAAGCCUAUGGUAUUCUUUCUCACCUGAACGGUGUCAAGAACUCGGAUGAUAUUCGAACAACCCUCGAAAAGAUACAGCCAGAGUUUGUCAAACUGGGACUCAUGAUGAAUCAAUCUUUUCCCAAGUAUCAAGCGCUCGAAAAGCUAAGAAACACACCCGAACAGUGGCAGAAACUGGAUAAGGUGCAGCAGCGUAUUGUUGAACACGCAUUACGCGACAUGAAACAUGCAGGUAUUGGAUUUCCUCCAGACUCUCCAGAAAAGAAGCGAUUUAAUGAAAUAUCCGAACGAUUGUCCCAGCUUUCGUUGGCGUUUGGGAAUAACGUCUUAGAUGCUACCAAGACAUUCAAGGAAGUGGUUGUAGAUAAGGAUCAACUGGCUGGAUGCUCGGACGCAUUUCUAGAAACAUUGAAAAAGAAUGCUGAGCGACAUGGCCUUGAAGGAUACUGCAUCACCUUGGACUUUCCUAUCUAUGGUCCGUUCAUGAUGAAUUGUAAAAAUCGCGAAUUGCGUGAAAAGAUUUAUAGAGCAAAUAUCACAAAGGCAUCCUCUGGAAGUGUCAAUAAUGAACCCAUCAUUAACGAGAUCCUUAAAUUAAAGAGAGAAAAAGCAAAGCUACUGGGAUAUGAAACACCUGCUGACCUCUCACUCUCUGUCAAGAUGGCACAAAACCUUUCUUCAGCCGAGUCUUUACUAGAUAACUUGUUCAAUGCAGCUUUGCCUCAUGCCAAGAAGGAAUUGGAAGAAUUAACCAAUUUUGCAUCAGCAUUGGGCCAUCCCACUCCUCUUCAGCCAUGGGACACAGCCUAUGUUACGGAACAGUACAGAAAGAAACUCUUCAAGUAUGAUGAAGAAACAAUUUCACAAUACUUUGCAUUUCCCAAAGUACUCAAGGGUCUCUUUGACGUGGCUAACGAGGUCUUGGAUAUUCAAGUACGCGAAUUGGAUCCCCAGGAACUCAAACAAAGAAACAUCACUCGCUGGCACGACGACGUCAAGGUGUUUGAAGUGGCUGAAAAGGGAAAGACAGUUGCCUAUUUUUACGGAGACUUUUAUUCCAGACCCUCUGAAAAACGUAGUGGCGCCUGGAUGGACAUUGUUACGACGCGAUUCAAGCAGCAUGAUGGAAACGUCACGUUACCCGUCGCCUACCUCAUCUGUAAUCAACCUCCUCCACAGUCAGAUCAAGAGCCCUCCUUAAUGAAAUUCCGUGAUGUAGAAACAUUGUUUCAUGAAUUUGGUCAUUGUUUGCAACACAUGAUGACAACUGUAGACUAUGCACCUGCCUCUGGUAUCAAUGGUAUCGAAUGGGACUUUGUCGAGGUCGCUUCCCAGUUCAUGGAAAACUUUUGUAGUGAGCCCGAAUGGAUCGAUCGAUUGGCGGGACAUCACAAGACAGGCGAGCCUAUGCCAAAGGACAUGGUUGAUGCACUCGUCAAGAGCAAGAAGUUUAUGACUGGGCUUGCUACCUUGAGACAGCUUCAUUUUUCAAAGGUCGAUCUAGCUCUGCACUCUCGCUUCACACCACCUGUCUCAUCUGAUGAUCCUACUGUUUUUGACCAGGACGCUGAAAUUGCUCAGCAGACUGUACUUAUACCUCGAUUGGAGGAAGACAGAUUCUUGUGUAGCUUUAACCACAUCUUUGGCGGCGGAUACAGUGCUGGUUACUAUAGCUACAAGUGGUCCGAGACUUAUUCCGCGGAUGCUUAUGCUGCCUUUGAAGAAGCCAAGGCAAAGCAUGGGCAGAAAGGUGUUAGAUCCAUCGGACAACAUUACCGUAAUACCAUUCUUGCAUUAGGUGGGGGUACAUCACCCAAAGAGGUCUGGAAUCAAUUUAGAGGAAGAACAACUGUGGAUAUAACCGCCUUACUGCGACACACUGGCUUAUCCCAAUAA